CACUGCAUAGAAGGAGAACUUGUUCUGUUCACUCAGUGUGAUCUGAGAGCCAUGGAGUACAAAGGGGGACUGUCGGACGAGGCUGUGUCUAAUGCCUGCAAAGAGGGAGAUCCCAUGACUAAGGACUACAUGAUGCAGCAGACGAUGCUGAGAGUCAAAAAUCCAGCAAAAUCUCUGGACUUCUACACCCGAAUCCUGGGCAUGACCUUGCUCCAGAAAAUCGACUUCCCCUCAAUGCGUUUCACCCUCUACUUCCUGGGAUACGAGGACAAAGCAGAUAUCCCGGCUGACAUCAAAGAGAGGACGGCGUGGACUUUCUCUCGCCGAGCCACCAUAGAGCUCACACAUAACUGGGGUUCAGAGGCAGAUGAAAGUCUGUCAUACCACAAUGGGAACAACGAGCCGAGAGGAUUUGGUCACAUUGGCGUCGCUGUUCCCGAUGUUUACGCUGCCUGCAAAGUCUUUGAAGAGCAAGGAGUGACGUUUGUCAAGAAACCAGAUUCAGGUAAAAUGAAGGAUCUGGCCUUCAUUCAGGAUCCCGACGGCUACUGGAUUGAGAUUUUAAGUCCUAACAACAUGGUCUCAUUAAUGGCACCUUAAAGCAGAGAAACACUGGGGGAAACAUUCAGGGCAUCAUGGUGGAGAAAACACUGCUGAAAUAAAAGAAGACUUUUGUUUUUUACAUGACAAACCUUUGAUACACACAUAAGCUCUGUCCAUUACAAGCGGCAACCUCUGGGGUUGAAACAUUAAGCCAACUCGAAGUGCCAAAAACUGCAGUUCCUGUAAUGGCCACUUGAGGCUGGCUCCAAAACAGAGUCAGUUCCCUUAGACCACGCAUGUUAAAAUGUCCAGCAUUACAACAGAAAUAAACACGUUUACAGCCUGGUGCAAGAAAUGGUUUUGGUUUCUGUUGCUUAUUUCAACAUUCAUGACAACUUUUUACAUUUUAUUAGGACUUAAAGUUAUGUGUAAUUAAGGGGAUGGCCAUGCUGAGUGACAGACUAUUUGCCAUUAGUGUCUUCAGCUUCUCAGUCAGAUCCAAACCUCGUUCUUCCACAGCUCCGCCCUCUCGUCUAAAUCUGGUCAAUUCUGGCUCCAAAAAUCCAAGAUGGUAACGUCCAAAAUGUCAAACUUGAGACGUCUACACGUCAUUGUGGCUACGUCUAUCAUUUUUAUUUUCUGUGGUUCUUGCAAUCCAGAAACAAAGGAUAAUAAUAAUUAAAAAACAGAAAUCAA